AUGACUGCUUUUGCCCUUUCGGGCCCAAGCUUGCGUCGUUUUUGCUUGACGGGUUUAUGCGAGGAAUCGACAUUCAGCUCGUGCGACGUUACGUCGAUGCUGAUGCCCGACAUGUCGGAUGUUUCCCAGGCGAAGGAAUCUAUGUUUUCUUUCAGGAAGGCGAUUAGCUCGAUUUUAAUCGAGCCGCUGAGUUCCGAGCCAAUGUUCACACAUCUGUCGGGGUGUUCAUUAUCUAGACAAACUUCAUGCCUAUGCUGGGGCAUUCGUAAACUGUUUGAACGAGGUCAUGUAGCACAUUCUAGCGUUUUUCUGGUUUCCGCGUAUCGUUUUGAUUCCGUUGGAGGUCGGGAAUUUAACGCACUGGUGAUAAGUCGACAGUACUGCUUUCAUCGUGUAUAUCCAGGGUCUGCCCAAUAUAGCGUUAUAUGGGGCUGGGCGAUCUCCUACGACGAAGCUUGUCGGUUUUCGGACUCCUCCCGCAGUAACUACGAGUUGGAUGGUUCCAAGCGAGUAGGUGGUUUCUCCGGCGAAGCCGGUGCAUCGUAG